AUGGCCCAAUUGUUGUUAAAGACCAUUCAGACACAGCAGCGUGUUGAAAGAGAUGCUGCAAUUGCUCGUUUGGAACAGAGUAGAAUUGUUCUUGCAAUGAGACUGUCGGAACACCGUGGUAAAAAAUAUAAAGUCAUUGAAGAAGCUCUUGCUUUUGUUGGAGAUGUACAGGAUGCAAGCGGCCUUAUUUCACCUGAAGUUUUUGGACAACCAAAAUGUACAGCUGAGAAUUUUGUAGCUGAUAAAGGGAAGAGAUCUAAUAUACUCAUUAGUGCUUUUGUCUCGAGUUUCAAUUUUGUGAAGAAAUCUUUCGGGUUGGAUCAUAUGGGUGGAAUAGUGGGCAAUGCUGCUUUGGUUGCUGUUAGUAUGAUUACUAUGCUUCAUUUACAUCAGGUAACUAACCAUGGACAUCCAUUUAGGGAAGAAAAUAGAAAUCACGGUAACAGAACUAUGAGAAUAGCUACUCAAUUGGAUUCUUCGUCCGGUGCCCAUUCCAGUAAUCUGGAUGUAUUGUUGGCUCGAGGUUAGGAUUUAACCUCGAUCAUUAUGGUGGAAUGAUAAGGGUUAUGCCUCUAGCAAUGUGUUUGUUUUCUUUCUUUCUUUUUUUAUUCUUUCUUUUGUCAGUGCUCUUGGUCCUUUGUUUUUUCUUGGUUUCAGCGGAGGGCUGAAACCUGGUCCGGGAAUAGGAGAGAAUAUGCUAAAAUGGAGGCAUGCCUACUCUAGGCAGUUUGCUCGAUGUGAAUUGGUAUAGUUUGAUGUUGAGUUUCUUGAUGAAAUCGCAGGUGAAAAAUGGAAUGGAGACUGCAUAUUAUAUGCCUUCAAUGCAGGGACUGCUGUUGACAACAAAAUUUGGCAAACAAAUGGAAGUUGACACAAAAGCACAAUCACAUAAUUUGGCAAAAUACAACUUAAAGGUGCUGAUGUAGAAGAUAGAGCUAACAAGUUCAUUGUUUUAUUUUUUUAGAAAUUCUCGAAGAUAGUAAUAUGUAGAUUUAACAUCAAUUUAGCAUUUUAGAAUUUUCAAGUUGUUGUAUAUAUCAUUAAUUAU